AUGGCCUACCGCUCCGCCUAUUUGCCCUCAAUGCAAAAGAUGCCCGGUCUGACCAAUCAACAAGUCUACCAAAUUCAACACUACAACGAAAUGAAAGCCGUCGGAAGGGAUCUACGUGUUCUUUUCCGCGCCCGAGACGCCGCUCAUCAUGCCGCCCAACAAGCUGCCUAUCUGGUCGCUCAUCAACAACAACAGUACAAAGGCACUCAUUCGAGCUCCUACGAUGACUGUGUGACGGCUGUUGAGGGACGUGAAGUUGCCGGUCGUCAGGUUGGAAACGGAACUUUCGUCGAGAUUGUUGCAAAAGCUCCCGUCUACUCUCAAUACUUCGGCAGCUUCUACGGAUAC